AUGCAAAGGCACGAAUCUCUAAAAUUUAUACAAAAUAGUCAAGAAAACGAGCCUAACUUAAUCACAUCAUUGGAAAGACCUGACGAUGAAGAGGAAUUUUACACAGCUAGUGUCAAUUUUCUUAACGAGCGCCUGCAAGAAAAAUGUCGCAAUCGUUCAUCAAGACAGAAAGCAAGUCAGAGCUGCUGUAACCUCAGUACAGAUAGUUGCAUUGUUCCGGAACUUCGAAAAACUCAAUCAAAAGUUAAAUUUGGUUUUGAUGUACCGGAUGAACCGGAGAUUUUACUCACUAUGAACAAAGUGUUACCCUUCCCCAAACCAAAAUCGACAAAGAAAAGUUUUUUUACACGAUUAACGAACACAUUCCGUAAAUAUCGCCGGUGUUUUAAUCUAAACAUCGAUACAGAACCUGAGGAAUCCGAAACAUUAAAAAAUUAUUCCAAUUUUAAGUUUCCUCGAUGUGAAAGAUUAAGCAAUUGCACAGAUUCUCCACGUUUACAUAAUAUCACAGAAGAAACAUCUCGAGGUUCGCUUAAGGAACUGUCCGAUUUGGUAAAGGGAAACAGCGAAGGCGAUUGUCAUGUGACUGCGAAGUAA